UUAAAGUAAUUGGUUGGUUGGACACACGCCAUGGACUAGUGAUUCAUGCUACCGAUUCAUCACUCAUCAAAUAUUUAUGCCGUUUUUGCUUAUCUAUUGUGCCAGUACAAAUUUUCGUUAUAUUCACGAUUAAAAUCUAUUUUAUCAGAAGACUUUGGUGUUUAUUGUAAAAUGCUAUCCUUAAACAUGGCGUUUACUAUGGAAUUAAAAUUGAAUAUGCAUGACAUCCAUAUGCGUUAGCGAAAACGCAAGGGUGGCAAUGCGUUUAGUUGCGUUGCCAUGCUCACAACAACUUCUAUUCAUAUUUCAAUCCAAAAACUCCAAUUUUUUAAUGUUCCCAACACGCGUUAGUCAUGAGGUUCUUCGAUAAUGAACAUGUGUAUUCACUUCAAAUGUCAAACUGACGCAUACGCUUACACAAAUUAUGCAGUUCAGCUUAAGCAUCAAUAAACUCACCUUAAACACCACAUUUAUUUGGUGUUAUACAACCCUAUAUAUCAAGAGUUUGGCCACACUGUUGCACAAAAUAUAAACAAAUAGGUUGUAAAUAGCAAGGAAAAUCUGGACAGCACAAAUAAUUAUGGAAACUGCGGUAAAGGAAAGGAGAAAGCGCACUUUCUGGAAUGAAUCGACAGAAGCUUACUUUGUCGAUUUGUGGGAGCAACAACGUGACCAAUUGCUAGGUGCGAAGAAAAAUACUCAUGUUUACCAGGAGAUGUCCGACGAGUUGGCUAAAUACGGCAUGGAACUCUCCGUGCUCGAUGUAAAAUACAAAAUAGCCAACUUGACUGCUAAGUAUAGAAAAUGCAGUAUGGACUUUGCAACAUCCACUGCGCCGGUGGCGUGGCCAUUAUACGAACAGGUGCACAGAAUAAUCAGCCGUAAGUCUUCCAACACCACCGAUGCUGCUUCUGAAGAAAGCAUGGAGAAUAAAGUUCCCGUUAACUUAGAAGCUUUUUUGACUCCUCUGGCGGCGCCUUUCUUCGAUUCCCACGCAUUUACACCGCUUCCGCCCUAUAGCACACAAUUGCCGGCUUCCGUAAAUGUGGGCGCGUCGAAAAGACAAAAUUCGGAAAAAAUAAUUUCGAUGUGCGAAAGCUUGAAGACAUCAGCCGACGAGAAAAACCAACUUAUGAGAGAAAUGGUCAAAGUGGAAAGGGAGAAAUUGGAGGUUUUGAAGGAUUUGCGGGAUGACAAUAAGAAACUUACGCAAGCAAUAUUGGAAUACUUGAGUCGAAAACAGUAAUAUUUUUAUUAUUAAGUAAUUAUUUACUAAGUGUUUUUGUUUUUAAUAUUAUUACUUUAAUUUAUUCGAUUUGAACUCGAUAUCCUAAACUCUAGACUUUGUUAAGUGGGUGAUGCAGCAGAUUUAUGCUAAAGUAGUAUAUUAUAAGUAUAAUUUUUUAUAUAAUUUCUUGGUUUGUAGAUGUGCAUUGAGUGUGCUUAGAACAGAUUUUACUGUUAGACCGUUAAAUAUCGAUAGCAUCUACGAUUGGGUGUUUCAUGCUGAAGUCCUUUUAUUAGUUACAACUAGCUAAUAUUUUAUAUAAUAAAUAAAAAAUACCUUAA